GUUCGGCCGCAGUACGGGACAGCCGAAGCGCGGCAGUGCGCCGUUCGGCACACGUUAUCCGGCAGCGCCAUGUACCAAAAGGACAAGAGCCUCUUAUGCCGGCACAGUGCCUGUCCGUUGCCCAACAACCUGACCACUUGUACAGAGGGCGGAAAGAUCAACUUAGCGUUCGUGGGAAAGACGGAGGUCACUACGCUCUUCCGGUCUCCUGAUGGCAGUGUGCACCAGUCGCAGGUGGCUUGCAAGGACGUAGGCGGCAGCCCCUGCACCGAACUUACGCACGUGAAAUGGGUCAAGAUGGACGACAUUAAGACCUUGCUAGUCAUUGCGUCGACGCGAGCCUUCCAGGUGUUCGAGUGGGACGGUUCAGUUUUCCUCCACUGUCAUCCGCUGCCCCAAAAUCUGGACGCCACUGAGGAGACGUUCACGCGCGGAAUCGGCACGUGCGGCUCCAGUUUGCUUUGCGUCGGUACCAAUAGUGGCACCAUUCUGGUGCACCUAGUUUCGCGCGACCUGAACGUCACCUUCUGCCAACGGGCCACCGAGCACGCGCCGCACGCCGUCGCCGACAUCCACAACCACGGCGAGAUCAUGGCGAGUGCCGACGACGGCGGCGGCAUCUGUCUGUGGCGCGGAAAAACAGCGCUCAGCUUGCUCCGCAAGCUGCCGCCGGUCGGCAGCAGCCCUUGCGUGAGCGUCCGCGUCUGGCACGACCUCAUCCUGGCGGGCUACGGUUCAGGCGAGCUGCGCGUGUUCAGCACGCGCUCCUUCCAGCUCAUGGCCGAGGCCACGGCGCACGCCCGCUGGAUCACGGCCAUUGACGUAGCGCCGGACACGGGGCUCGCCCUGUCCGUGGCCGAGGACUCGUACGUGCGCGUGUGGCAGCUUGACCGCGAGGGCGAACACACCAUCGACCACGUGCACGGGGAAAGCGUCGCGGACGCCAUGCUUAUGGGUUGCGCCUUCCUCGCUCCCGAUGGAAGCACUUUCGCCGCAGUGGCCUACGACUCUGCCGAAGUGUUCAUGUUCAAGAAAUGAACGCUGUCGUACUGUAGGCAUUGACUUAUUAUGCUUGGCGUGCUUCACUUAUUUCCCUUUCAGGAUAUGGGUUCUAGUAUAAUCCAGCACACAUCCAUCUACCGCAAUGGCUGCAGAUGUAUGCCUUAGUAUAAAGAUGGAUGGUUGCUGGAUCGUCAUAACGAGAAGGGAACGGGAGAAAUAACAGAGGCGCAUUUAGUUAAGAAAUUUGGAGACAGAUUCGUCAGUCAACCAUCAGUGGCUUUACACGAUAAGGAGUUCCCGCUCUUGAGCCUAUGCCAACCCUAAUCUUGCCUGUUUUUACUGCUGGCUAACCUUGCGAUGUCACUGGUGUCUCUGACGUUGUAUUUGA